AUGGAGAAGAAAAAUGAACAUCCAUCGGCGCCUUCAUCAGCAAGAGUCAAGGAUUCCAAGCCAUCCAAACCUAAGAAAUAUCUUCGAGCAGCUGGUGACGUUACGGAAGUCUUCCUUACUCUAAUGUACAAGACGUUUUUUCAGGUAUGGGAAGAUUCUUCGCUCGCUGAAUGGGAUAAGAACGACUUCCGGAUAUUUUGUGGAGAUCUGGGAAACGAAGUAUCGGAUGAACUUUUAGCGAAAGCUUUUCGAAAAUAUCCAAGUUUCCAGAAAGCGAAGGUUGUUCGAGACUCGAGGUCCAAUAAGAGUAAAGGAUAUGGUUUCGUUUCAUUUACGGAGUCAGAUGACUAUGUUCGUGCCAUGAGGGAAAUGGACGGAAAGUACGUUGGAAAUCGUCCAAUUAAGUUGAGGAAAUCUAAUUGGAAAGAAAGAAAUCUGGAUGUCGUCAAAAAGAAGCAGAAACAAAAGGCCAAGCUUGGGCUUUGGAGUUAA